UCUUUAGUGUAGCCCGCGAACAAUGUCAUGGUUCGCUUCAAGAAGGUUCAGUGAGACAUGGCAGUCCAGCCGUCGGUCUUAGACUGCCACGGGGCGAGGUAUCAUUCCAAACUGGCUUGGACAAUCAGGUGAACGACGAAUGACAGGAUGGAGACAACCAAAAAUAAAACAGCGUCAUCAAAGGAGCACUCCUAAUGGUCGUUAGAGUCGUCCCUGGGUUUGGGUACAAAGACUCCGUCGGAGUCUCUGACCUGAAUCAUCUCGCCAGCACCCCAAGAGUCACCUCAAGCUCGGGAUUGCAUCCGAACACUCAUUCUCUAAUACAACUCUCACAAACAUCUUCACCGUUCGCCACAAUGAAGGUCUUCGCCCUCCUCGCUUUUGCCCUCCCCGCCGUCCUCGGGUCCCCGGCCGGUGCAGGCACCAUCGUCCAACGCGAUCCCGACACCAGCUGCAACCCCUACACGGACUGGGGCCACACCCAGGGCGCCCACAGCUACUACUGCGGCACCUUUGGCGACUACCCAAACUAUGAGUUCCAUUGCGUCCGGUACAAGAGCGCGGACUACUGCAACGGCAAGGCCUACUGCAGCGACAAGCAGCCCUGCGGUGGCAACGCGAUCUGCAGCUAUGGCGUCUGCGUCGAAAAGGUCAAUGGCAAGCACUGCAAGCGCACCUGCGACCCUUACUAGUAUCAUGGAACGCUGCCGACGGUCGAGCCAGGCCUGCAAGACGGCAUCACUGUGUGUUGUGCUGGAGAUAGGAAGGUUGAGCCUGG